AUAUAAUAAUAUGAAAACUAUGUAUGAAUGCUUAUAUAUAUGGUAUAAAAAUUAAUGUACGAAUAUUUACGCGUCAAACGCAUUUGUCUGWUUCUUCUUAUUGAUGGCACAAUCCUUUUACAAUCAAUGCACCUAUGUAUUAAUUGUAAAAGUCUACAAGAUAAUAUUGGUCAAAACUUAUUAAAUAUUAAUCCAUUAUUAUAUGUAUAGAAUAUCUAAAUAUGUUGGAAAAGURUCGACCACCAUAUGAGAAUUGACUCUCRAGUCUUGAAGCGGCAUUCUAUAAAAACCAUUCAUGCAUUGAACCGUACACAACCAUUCUCAUAUUUUUCACAAUUUCUAGAUUUAAAGGAAUGGCAAGAUUACCAAGAGGGGGUAAUAGGAACACGGAGCUGAAACUAAUUGAAAAUGAAARGGAAAGAGCGGUAACCUUSUCCAAGCGCCGCAACGCCUUAUUCAAGAAAGGGAAUGAGCUAGCCACGCUAUGUGGUGUGAAGAUUGCAAUCAUUCUCUUAUCGAUCGGUCGAAAGUCUAUCUCUUUUGGCAACCCCAGUGUUCAAUCUGUUGUAACCCAAUAUCUUAACUCGGAUCAAGUCGACCAACAASCCGAUGAUAUCGAUACAAGGUCUGCCAAUUCUUACCAUGAGUCUACAAAUCCGGAGCUCAAUAAAGAACUUAAUGAAGCGAUUGAGCGCUUGGCAGAGGUGAAGAAGGAAGGACACAUGCUUGAUGAAAUUCUAAAAAGGUCAUACGGAGGGAAAACRCAUAAGGAAUAUGUGAACAGCCUUGGGUAUGAUGAGCUCAUGCAAUUAAAAGGCAAAAACGAAGAGUUGAGACGUAUUUGUGAUGCAGCAAGUAGGCCUUCCUCCUCAAAUAAUGAGCAUGAUGCGGAUCUAUCUAAAAUUGGAGGGCCAAAAGAAUACUWGAAGCUGUGAUGAUAAGAAGGCAGAAAUUAUCUUGUAAUUCUUAUGUUAUGAUAAUAAUAUCAAAAUGUUGAGCUAARARUUCUAUUUUUUGUUUUUCAAUAAUUAAAGUUCAAUUUCUUUGUUGAUUCAUGCAUGUGUAACAAAGUCGGAUAACGUUGGGGCAACUUAACAUCUAUAGCAGCACUGCCACAGAAAUCCCUCGUUUCUAACCAAAUCAAACCAAACAUACCGAAUAUAUCCCUCCACAAGGUAGGGUCUGGGGAGGGAUGAUGUAUGCAGACUAUACUUCUACCCAUGCGGAUAGAGAUUGUUUCCGUGAAGACCCCCACUUUAUCAAACCCUGCUCAUCCUGUUCUAAACAUUAAUAAAUCCCUCCAGAUUUAUUUUCUUUCUCCAAUAUCUUCAAACAAGGAAUAUGAAGCC